AUUGCAUGUAUGUCUGCGUGUAUGCAUGUGUGAUAUGUAUGUGUCUGUGCAUGCAUGCGUGUGUGUGUGCACAUUUGAUUUGUGAGUCCUUUCCAGGAGGGGCAUGUUCCUGGAGAGAGUGCAUGGGAUCCUCCACUGUCCUCUCAGGGAGAGAGAGACACUGUAAAAGUUUGAGCUGUCAGGUAAACAUGCGUAAAGUUCUGUAAAAAUAUGUGUUUACAUACACCAUUGGGGUUAAAUACAUGUUAAAUUGGUGCAAAGCUGUUAUAAUGCAUUAAAAGUCAUGUUAAUACUUCCUUGUUAAAGUCUUUGUGAAUGAUUUCCUGUACAUGUGAUAUAAAACACUGCACAGAAUGACACCAGGCCAGUGGUGAUAUUUGCCAGGAGGUCUGGCUAAUGAUUAGUAUUUCUAGUUGCAGUCAUGCAGUUUGAGCUUUUCUGGACUUACAGGAUGGUCGCUGACUCUGCCCACUGAAUGAUGCGGGUCUCUGCUGCUUCCUAGUUCUGCCAGCUUCAUCCAGAGCUGGGACAGCUGCUCUCAGAUGCAUUAUAUUUUUCUCUCCGUAAAGAUUUGCAGCAUUUGUCAAUGUCAGGUCCAGUGUCAGGUCCAGCAUCAGGUCCAGCGGCAGGUCCAGCGGCAGAUUCAGUGUCAGGUCCAGAAUCAGGUCCAGUGUCAGGUCUAGUGUCAGGUCCAUCCAGCGUCAGGUCCGUCCAGCGUCAGGUCCAGCAGCAGAUUCAGUGUUGGGUCCAGUGUCAGGUCCAGCAUCAGGUCCAGCGUCAGGUUCAGCAUCAGUUCCAGCGUCAGGUCCAGCAGCAGAUUCAGUGUCAGGUCCAGCGGCAGGUCCAGCGUCAGGUCCAGCAGCAGAUUCAGUGUCAGGUCCAGCGUCAGGUCCAGCGUCAGGUUCAGCGUCAGGUCCAGCAGCAGAUUCAGUGUCAGGUCCAGCGUCAGGUUCAGUGGCAGAUUCAGUGUCGGGUCCAGCGUCAGGUCCAGAGUCAGGUCCAGCAGCAGAUUCAGUGUUGGGUCCAGCAUCAGGUCCAGUGUCAGGUCCAGCGUCAGGUCCAGCGUCAGGUUCAGCGUCAGGUCCAGCAGCAGAUUCAGUGUCAGGUCUGGUGUCAGGUUCAGCAUCAGGUCCAGCGUCAGGUCCAGCAGCAGAUUCAGUGUCAGGUCUAGCGUCAGGUUCAGCGGCAGGUCCAGUGUCGGGUCCAGUGUCGGGUCCAGCAGCAGGUCCAGUGUCGGGUGCAGUGGCAGGUCCAGCAUCAGGUCCAGCAGCAGAUUCAGUGGCAGGCCUAGUGGCAGGUCCAGUGGCAGGUGUAGCCAACUUUGCACAUGGCCCAUGUGAAAAUCAACCUUCUCCCUUCCAUUUUUUAAAGCAGCACUUAUUAGUGGAGCCUAUUGCUAUUUCACUGUGGCUUCACAGUGGAUUUUAAGCAUUUGCUUUAUUAAAGCAACGUUCCAUGCUCUUUGUGCUAAGUCACCUCUGCCUUUCUGUGAGUGGCUAGAAUUGGGGUUCACUCUCAGAUGUGCCAGAGCCUGGUACCUGCAUCAGUUCUGGAGUCUACUUUGUCCUUAUAGCCUGCCAUCCACCGACAGCUGUCUUCUUCCUGUCACUCCUUCCACAUGGAGUCCAGCAGUGUGCACAGUUGGGAGCCUGUGCCGAUGCUGGUUUUGUAGGAUCUUACUGGGACCUUACUGUUCUUUUCACUAGGAAAAGAGACCCUGCAAAGAACUUACAGAAAAGCCCCAAGAAGCCAUAUUGAUAGAAUCAUAGUGACAGAAUUCUAUAACCGUUGGAAAUGGCAUUGAUUGUCGUGAAAUGUGCACUUACGUGAGGCAUAGUAAAACAUCACAUUGGAAUACUGCACUGGGUAAGAGCUUGGAAAGGAGAUUAUGAAAGUAUAACUGGCUCUACUCUUAUAUGCUGGAGCAUGAUAAAGCAAUGCAGGUAUUGCAUAGAAUGGAACAAACAGGAUAGAAUUAUACAGAGUAGUGCAGAAUAGAACAAAUAUAAUGUUAUAUAGGGUAGCAUGGAACAAACAGUGUAGUAUGGUAUACUCUAGAAUAGAACAAACAGUAUAACAUUAUAUAGUGUAGUAUACAAUAGAACAAAUAGUGUUAUAUGGCUUAGAAUGGAACAAGCCGGAUAGUAUUGUAUAGCAUGCACUGAACUAGCAACAUAGUAUUACACAGCACGGUAUGGUCUAGAUUAGAACACACAGCGUAGUAUUAACGUUACACAGUGUAGUGUAGAAUAGUAGAGUCAUGUAGCACAGAACAGAGAGGAUAGUGUUGUGUAGCACCGAUGCAGGACUUUUUGCUCCUUAGCUCAGCUGGGUCCAGGUUCUUGUCUCAUGACCAGGAAGAAACAGGCACGUGGAUAUCGAAGAGUAGUGCAGCAGAAUUUAUUAAGUGAGAAGAAAAGCUCUCAGUGAAAAGAGGGGUCCUGAAAGCAGGUGGCCAGUUGCCCCUUCCCAGUUGACUCCGAGGGCUUUUACAUAGAAGCUGAUGGGGCUGGUAAGGAGCGAAUUUCUGGUGGCUCCACCCCAUUCCCCUGCCACCCCAUGUGCAUGUGGGCCCUUAGUCUGCCGAGGGCAUGUUUAGGCAAGGCCCCUGUGCAAGUUUCCUUAUCUGCACAAAACAUGGGUGGGAGGCUCUCUGGGACCCUUCCCUUAGAACUGUCUGCCUAAGCAAGCUGGCUAACUCCUUUCAGUAUAGAAGAAAAAUAGUAUAGAACAGAACAGGUAGUACAGUAUUAUAGAGUGUAGAAUGAAACAGUAUAAUUUAUCAUAUAGAGGGGAAUAGUAUGAUAUGGCAUAGAACAAAUAGUCUAUUCUGUAGAGUAGCAUAGAAUGGAACAAACAGUGUUGUACUCGUAUCGUAUGGAAAAUAGCCUUGAAUAGCACAGAACAGACACUGUCAGGCUCCAUGGUGGAGAGUAUACCCACCAGGAUAGCGUGCUUCAGUGCAGUGUCCCUGGCCCUUGAUAUUUCUUUGGUUCUAUGAAAAUGAGGGCAGGGAGAUAAGAGACAGGGAGGAGGUUGGCUUUUUUACUUUUAAGGUAUUCAUUACUUCUUGGGGAUCAUUUGGUGGUCCCUCUCUGGUAGUGUUCUCUGGAGCAGUCUGUGUAUUCUGUGUAGGAUGAAGUCAGGUGUUUUAUGUGAACAGUUGCUUCAUGCCUUGAACAUGGCAGAGACUCAGUGGGUCUUGGCAGUUAACACUCUGAUGACUUCUCUGCGGUGCCCUCCACGCUAUAAAUACCACACAUUACAGGAAGUCCAGGCUUUUUCAUUAGCUGGGUUUCAUUUUAACAAAAUUGGAAAGCCCUGCGUAUUUGGAAUGCCCAGAUCAUUCUGCACUUAAAUGACUUCACCUGUCCAGCUGAGUACAGGAACGGACCUCUGGGCUUUUCUACCUUUUAUGCCUUUUCUCCCAUUUUUUUCAUCUGGCAGUCUCUUCUGAGAAACCUUGACUUUGUUGUCUGAAAAACACUGAUUAGCAUGAGAUCAGAUAGCAGCUGUGAAGAAUGAAAGCGCCACUAGCAAAUCGGCAGCAACUGAUAAGGAGAGAUGCAUCUCCCUGCGUGCUGCCAAGGUUUAUGGAGUGGAAUCCCCGGACACCACUGCCCUCGCUGCCUGUGCAUGCCUCUGGUGUGGGUCAUUUCCUUAUUGAACUUGGCUGGGGACUCCUGAGGGGCAGAGUGAGGCUUGGAUGGGUCGGGACUCGGUAAUUUGGGAAAGGUAUGCGUGGCAUUCCAGUUUGCAGUCCGUGUCCCUGCCGUGUCCCUGUUGGAAGAGAUGCUUUUAGGGGAUCUGUUAAUGCAGAAUGAUUAGCAAGAGUUGUCUCUUCUGAACCACUUCUGACUUCAUCCUUUCUCAAGUCUUUUACAAAGAGAACUUAGGUUUCUCAAGUUUUAAGAAUUAAUGUCAAAGAGCAAUUUAGUGUUCUUUUUGAGUUGCCAGCUUUGCUGUGGAUGAUUUGCGAGUCCUCGGUGGUUAGGGCCACCACACAAUUGGUGGGCCCUCUUUUCCCCACCCUGGUGGAGACUUUCUCACCCAAAGAAAUGUAUUGUGUUAACAUGUUUCAGUUAGGAUAUUUUAGUAGGAGACAGAAUUAUGGCUCUGGUUUAAUUUGUAAUGGGUGAUAACUGUAGCAAGGUCAAGAUUGAGACUUGCAGUGUAGCUCAUGUAAAACAUUGAUU